AUGAGAUAUACUGCCUGCACAAGCAAGCCAGACUCUUUCAAGCAAGAAAAUUUUACUCUCCGUCAAGUUGAGUGUGAACCUAUGAGACAGACCGAGUUAUUUAUCUUAAUAACUAUAAAUGAUGAGGACGAAGUUCUAUUAUCCAGUACUCUUCACAGAGUUAUAGAAAAUAUUGCUUACCUUUGCUCGCUUACAGAGUCCCCAACAUGGAUUAAUAAACGUACUUUAUCUUAUUUAAAGGCUCUUGGUGUUUAUCAGGAUGGCAUUGCAAAAUCAAAAGUGAAUAAUAAAACAGUUAGAGCUCAUAUAUAUGAAUAUACAACUCAGAUUUCAAUUCAAUGCUCUAAGGAUUCCGUGGAUAAGAAAACAAUUGCUUCAACUCAGAUAAUUUUUUGUCUUAAAGAAAAAAGCAAAGGAAAAACUGGUUCUCAUCAGUGGUUUUUUAAUGCCUUCUGUCCGAUCCUUAACCCAAGAAUAUGCCUUCUUAUUGAUGUUGGCGUUAGACCAGUUGCCGGUACUUGUGGUAAAUUAGAUGUUGAUAUUACAAAUGAUAUUGAAGAUGCAUCAAAUUAUAACAAUAUUCUCGCUAAUAAUGAUUACCUUGCUAAGAAUAAUGUCUUUUGUUUUGAAUUAAUUUCUAAACACAACUCUUCUUGGAUAUUAUAUUAUGAAAAUUCAUCCAUAGCUGAAGUAGAUAUACCUGAAAAUUUGCCUGAAAUGAUUCAACAAUAUAUUU